AGUUUUUCCCUUACAUUUUUUGUUUGGAUUAGAAUUUAGAUACUUUUAAUUGUUAUCAUAUCUAUCGUGGUAUAUUUUUAAAUUUUAACGACUUGUAAAAGAAGUGCGACUGAAUCUGCUGUGUGCAUAUGGACAGUUCUACUAUUGAACUGGUGACCUGCCAUAUUCUAUAUACUGUAGUGCCACAUACUGUCCAGAAAACUAAUCCAGAGAUAAGCACAGUCAGCAGAAAUGGCGGCCAAAAACUCGGAACAACAAGUGGGGAUCGUAGGAAGCGGACUUAUAGGUCAUAGUUUUGCUAUGAUCUACGCAGCUUCCGGUUACAGAGUUCGAAUCUACGAUAUAAAACCGGAACAAGUCCAGCAUGCAUUAUCUACCAUCGAUGAGCAGCUAGAACAUCUGGCUAAAAACGGAUUACUUCGCGGAAAACUGACGGUCAAAGAGCAAAGGUCACUUAUCACCGGAACAAACGACCUUGCCGAGUGUGUCAAGGACGCUUUCUUUAUACAAGAAUGCGUGUACGAGGACCUAGAUCUGAAGCGAGGCGUCCACGGAAAGAUAGACGGUCUCUGUAAAGACGGUGUCAUCAUCGCCAGCUCAGCCAGCGCUCUGAUUCCUUCUCUGAUCUCCCAGAAUCUCAAGCACAAGAACAGGUUCAUCGUGUGUCACCCGACUAACCCGCCAUUCUAUGCGCCCCUGGUGGAGGUGAUUCCCGCCCCCUGGACGGACCCGGAUGUGGUGGUGACGACAAAGCAGCUGUUGGCGGAGACGGGGCAGGUGCCCGUCAUCGUGAAGAAGGAGAUUGACGGCUUCGUCCUUAACCGUAUUCAAUACUCCAUCAUCGGCGAGUGCUGGAGGCUGUACGAGGAAGGGGUGAUGAGCGUGGAGGACAUAGACAAGGUCAUGUCGGAGGGACUGGGGAGGAGGUACGCCUUCAUGGGACCCUUGGAAACGGCCUAUCUCAAUGCCGAUGGGAUGUACAAUUAUGGGGAUAAGUACAGAGAGAUGAUUUACAGAGUACAGUGUACAUUCGGAGCCCCUCGGAAGAUGGAGGGACCAACCCUUGACAAGAUACAAAAUGAACUAACCUCAAGAAUCCCGCUCGAUCAACUCAACGAAAGACGAAAAUGGCGAGACAUUCGUCUGGCCUCGCUCCAAAAGCUAAAGAAUGACUUAGAUAAAAAAUAAAUGUUACCAGAAAUUUUAACAGUA